AUGGGAACCAGUCAGACCUCUGUACUGUCCAUCAGACCUCGGUACNUGCAGCUGAAUCUUCUGCUGGUCUGCUGCAAUGUGCUCCUCUGUGUGGAGAUGGGAACCAACCUCGGUACCGUCCCUCAGACCUCGGUACCGUCCGUCAGACCUGGGUACCGUCAGUCAGACCUUGGUACCGUCCGUCAGACCUCUGUACCAUCCGUCAGACCUCGGUACCAACCGUCAGACCUGGGUACCAUCCGUCAGACCUCGGUACCGUCCAACAGACCUCGGUACCAUCCGUCAGACCUCGACCUCGGUACUGUCCGUCAGACCUCGGUACCAUCCGUCAGACCUCGGUACCGUCCAACAGACCUCGGUACCAUCCGUCAGACCUCGGUACCGUCCAUCAGACCUCGGUACCAACCGUCAGACCUGGACCUCAGUACCAUCCAUGAGACCUGGGUACCGUCCAUCAGACCUGGGUACCGUCCAUCAGACCUGGGUACCGUCCAUCAGACCUGGGUACCGUCCAUCAGACCUCAGUACCAUCCAUCAGACCUCAGUACCAUCCAUCAGACCUCGGUACCGUCCGUCAGUCCUCGUCCUCUGUACCAUCCGUCAUACCUCGGUACCAUCCGUCAGACCGCGGUACCGUCCGUCAUACGUCGGUACAGUCCGUCAGGCUUUGGUGCCGUCCGUCAGAACUCGGUACCGUACGUCAGGCUUUGGUACCAUCCGUCAGACCUCGGUACCGUCCGUCAUACCUCGGUACCGUACGUCAGGCUUUGGUACCAUCCGUCAGACCUCGGCAUAGCUGAGAACUCUCGGGGGGCUGUGGACAGCAUAAAGGGUCUGAAGAGGAAAAAAGUUAUUGCGGAGAAUCAGCUGAAAAAAAAUCCCAAAUCUCCAGUGAAGAAGCCCCUGAAGUCAAAAAUAUGUGCAGCUGCAGUCAGCGACUCGUCACCUAGGAAAACAACACCUUCGUCCCUACCUAUCCGACCCACCAACGAUUCUUCCACAUCUCAGCCCAUAAAAGAAGAUCCAGAAGAUGUCCUACAAACUGCAGCAUCCCUCGAGGAGGGGUCACGUUUUUCUGAUGCUGAGAAGGUAAAGCAAGAGGGAACAUCUUCUAGGCCACCGUCGCGUGAUCCCUCGGCCAGUAAGGAGACCUCCCAGGUUAACGCUGAAGAGCUUCUUGCCAAAGACAGCAAGAGCCCAGAGCACAGCUUCGUGGGAGAGUCUUACCGCAGCAGUGAUCCUCUGGACGCCCUGCUGAAGGCCAUGGAACCGGACUUCAGCAAGCUGACAGAGAGGAAAAGUCCUUCACAGGCCAAUGCCAUCAACAAACCACCUGCUGCUCUUCAUCCUCAGCUCAGAAGGGAAGUAACGCCCCUCCCUGCAGUCAACAUAGGUCUCCAGACCCAGCCACCCCAAAUGCAGACCUAUUACAUCGACAAACAAGGGAAUGUAAUUGGCAUAGCAGCAGCUCCUCAUGGAAAUCUACAGACAUCCCAGCAGGGCGCCGCUCCUCUUGCUGCCCCACAGUUUGUGCCGGUUGUUUCAAGUUCAGAAAUGUCCGGCUUGCACAUGAACUUUAGCAGUGGACCACCAGCUCCAAUGGGCACCAAUGCUCUGCCCCAAAGCCAACCCCCAGUAGCACAAACAUGCCAGUCUGUUCCUGCUAAUGUUCCCUGCACUGUUCAGGUUCCAGUAACACCAGCUGGAAACCAGAUGCAAAUGACCACAGUCAUGAACUUUGGUGCUGAGCAAGUUGCCAAGGACCAAAAACUUAAAAAGCCUGGAAAGUAUGUGUGUGAAUACUGCAACCGGGCAUGUGCAAAACCCAGCGUGCUGCUCAAACACAUCAGGUCUCACACAGGAGAGCGGCCAUAUCCCUGCGUCACCUGCGGCUUCUCCUUCAAAACAAAGAGUAAUUUGUACAAGCACAAGAAAUCCCAUGCUCACGCGAUAAAGCUGGGGCUUAUGGCACGCUCUGAAUCUGGAGGCGGAUCUUUGUCUCAAGAAUCAGACAAAGCUGCCAGUACACACUCAGAGGCAGAGGAGAGCGGUGACAGCGACGAAGAGGGUAGCACUGCAGAUCUGGACCCAGACGCUACACCAAGCUGUACAGCCGCUUCCUCUGAAACCAGUUUACAGGGUACAGGCAUAACAUCCGCAGAGCCAAACUUUUUAGUAAAAUCCUCUCCAAGUCAGAAGGCCUAUGAACCGAAAGUGACCGCUGCACUUCCAAAAGUUGUUGUGUAUCCAGUUAACGUGUCGCCUCUGAGGGCAGAUAGUCCAAGAGUUACUGGUGCUGCACCUGAGCAAGCUGCUGUGCAAAGGCAACGAGAAUUUCAGGCCACAAAUUUGAGAUCAGGCCUUCUGUCCUCCCUGAAGGAGGUGGAAGGUACAAAUCUCUCACUUGAUACUGUGAGCGAAGAUGAAGACCAGCAGUGCAAGUCUCCUCUAUUGGCUGGGCAUGCUCAACUCCAGCGACAGCAAGCGACAGACUUCUCUCAGCAGCAGCAGCAGCCCAAGUGUUUACUCAGUCCCCGCAGUUUAGGAAGCACAGAUUCUGGUUACUUCUCUCGCUCUGAAAGUGCUGACCAGGCCAUGAGCCCCACAAGUCCAUUUGUAAAAAUAACUCCCCCAGUUGACCCUGACAUUACCAAGAACACCCCUCCAAGCAUCCCCUCUUUGCCUACAACGGUAAUGCACGUUGCAGCCGAGCAAAAAUCACGGCCCACAGAGAGACAAAUGCGGCCACCUUUGGAAGCGAGUGCACGCUCGCUGGAAGAACGCAUUUCGAAGCUGAUAUCUGACAAUGAAGCAGUGGUGGACAACAAACAGCUGGAUAGCGUUAAGCCACGGAGAACUUCUCUGUCCAGGAGAGGAAGCAUAGACUCCCCAAAAUCGUACAUUUUUAAAGACUCUUUUCAGUUUGAUUUAAAACCAAUAGGAAGACGGUCGAGUUCCAGCUCAGACAUCCCAAAGUCCCCAUUCACCCCCACAGAUAAGUCAAAGCCAGUGUUCUUGCUCUCCGUUCCUUCUCCCUACCCUCCAAUGGACUGUCUGCCAAUAACACGGAGCAACUCCAUGCCAACGACACCUGGACAUUCGGCCUUACCUGUAAAUGUUGCUCCCAUCCCCCAUCCUCUGAGGGGCUGUCAAUCAUUUGAUGAUAAAAUUGGUUCCCUAAAUGAUGAGGUAUUCUCAUCAGCUCCACCAACUCCAAACCCUGCCAUACAUUCCCGCACCCUGGUGAGACAGGUGGCGGUGGAAGACUUUUCAACAAGUGAGGGUCAUUGCCUCCCUUCUGUGCGCUCAAUGGAUGAAGGCUAUCAUGGACCAAGCAUCUCUGCUGACCUGAUGCAGAGGAGUAAGUCAUUUGAGCAUGGUCAGGACAAAAACAAGAAGCCACAGCAGAACAAAGGCACAAUGUACGAGUGUGAAACCUGUCGGAAUCGGUACCGGAAAUUGGAGAACUUUGAAACUCAUAGAAAGUUCUACUGCUCUGAGCUCCGGGCCCCUAAGAACAAGCCGGUUGCUGUUAAAGAGAGCGAUCAAGAUGUUUUUCACGUGAAUGUACAGCACCCAACCAUCCUGAGGUCAGCAAUCAACCCAGGGAUACUGGAUCAUCAGACAUCUUUCAGGAAGAGGAGGAUAAUGAAAAGUGUUGGAGAUGAAGACGAUCAGUCUCCGACUGACACCAUUCCACCAUGCUCUGUUAGUUUUGAAUCCCCUAUAGAUCCUACAAACAGAACGCUCCCUCGCCAUACUCAGAUAGUUGACAUCCAACUUAAAAACAACCAGUCAAAGCUACCUCAGAUCCAGCUUGUUGCACGAGGGAUGAACACAGAUUCCAGACUAUCGCCAAUCAGAGAAAACCAGAACCACAGCUCAAUGAAAGGAGAGCUACAGAGGCAGGGAAGUGGCACAUCAGUGAUUAAACACACCAACUCUCUGACCAGCCACAGCUCAUUUGAGACAGACUCUAUCGAUAGGGUGUCUCCAGUCAUAGCCAUAAAUAAAGAUUCCCUGAAUGAAGCUAAAACAGAUGGAACAACAGCUGGCUCUUCCAACACCUACCAUGAAAAAAUAGCGCCAUCCAGCAGUACUGGUUUUGGGAACCAGAUAAAGGAGCCGAGCGGUGAUGGCAGGCUGAGUAUAAACUCCACACCCGUCCAUCAGUCUCGUCUUGUUCGACAAAGUAACAUCCAAGUUCCUGAAAUUUUAGUCACAGAAGAUUCGGACAGGGAGCACGAGACGCAGGCUGCUGAGCCCGCAGACAAGCCUCCAGAUCAGUUCAACUGGCCUCAGAGAAGCGAGAGUUUGUCAAAGUUACCAGCGGAGAAACUUCCCCCAAAAAAGAAAAGGAUCCGGUUGGCCCAGAUGGAUCACUCUUCGGGUGAAUCCAGCUUUGAGUCCACACUCUCACGCAGUCUCAGUAGGGACAGCAGUCUCUCUCGUUGUUCCAGCAUCUCUGCCUCUUUUGACAGAGACGAGCUUUCUCGAUCUGAGAGUCCAUCCAGAGCUGAUAAUUCUGGAAAGGUCCCGGAUACCCAAAGUCUGUCAGCAGCCUUCAACACCCUUGGUGUGCCUGGAAUGAUGAGACGUGCCGCAUCUGAGCAGAUUACCUGUACCCAGCCCUCGGUUGAGAUUUCAUGUGAUUAUCGUAGCAAAUCCUUUGAUUGUGGAAACGUGUCUCCCAGCAGAUCGCUGUCCCCUGUAGGUCAACCAAAGACUGGACAACUCUCUCAGGUACCACUUAUAGAGAGGAGGCGUGGGCCAUUGGUCCGACAGAUGUCUUUAAAGAUUGGCCCUGAGAGUCAGCUGCCUGUGCUGAAAAGUGCAGUUCCUUCAAUCACAAAUGUCAGCUCCUUUCCUCAGAACAAAUCCCAGCAGAUUCACAUAUCCAGCAGACGCCCUGCAGCUCAGCCUUUUGUCCUUCAUCCGGCAGAUGCGCCACUGCAAAAGAAUGAGCAAAUGGUGCAAAGCAUUAAUCUGGGAAGUCCGACUCAGCAACCACAAGUCCACGGUCUUCCACAUCCUUGGCACCAAGCGUCAAGGGUUAAGGUUACCCAGAAGAUCCAGCAGCCCUUACACCAGAUCUCAGUGGGUCGGGAAACUGUCCAAAACAAACCAGUCAUCAUUGAAGAGAAGAAAUGUUUUAUUCCCAAAUACCAACUCCAGUGUUCUCUGAGAACAAACCAAACAUUCUCCUUCUCUUGCACCCAGGGAGCUCAGAUUGCUUUGCCAAUUUUCACUAUUCCAAUAACUAAUCCCAUGCUAAGCGUUCCCAAAUUUUCAGAUGCAGUCUCGAAUGUUUUUGUUGCCAGUCACCAAGCCUCUGAGGUCAAGACCCAAACUAUUGUGUCAAAUGAGGAGCAGACUAAUACGCAGAACCAACAAGGACCUGUCCCACUGCCGCAGAUUCUGAUCACUCAUGAGCAGAUGAAUCCGUCUUCCUCCCUGUCCAAAAAGAACAGCAUGUCAUCAUCUCAGAGUGUUGAGGGCAACCCUCCAGUUGUGCUGGUGGCAAAGACAACUCCUCUACCAGAUCCAGACCAAGUUCCUUCAAUCUGCAUGCAGAAACUGGCCUCAGUGACACUUUGCCCCCAGCAGGAACCAAUUGCUUCCAGUAAGCGCAUGCUGUCCCCUGCCAACAGUCUGGACAUCUACAUGGAGAAGCACCAGAAACGGGCCAAGGAUGAGCACGGAGUCGCCUGUCUGACAGACGGAAGAUCCCUUAGUUACCUGAACUCAAAGAUGUCUGAGGUUACGAGACAAAGGAAACUAAUGCUCGUCCGGCAGGUUUGCACAACAGAACCGGCAGACAGCCCAAUUGAGACCGAAGCUCCGCCUCUGCCAGAUGUUAAAACGGACUCUGAGAAGGACACUGAAGCAACAGACGAUGUGAAACCUAUGUCACCUGACGGUUCUGGGCUUGACAAAGACAAGGGAAGUGUGAAUGCGGAGGAGGUUGUUCUCACUGCUACGCCAGGGAGUCAGGACACCACCAUCACCACCUCUGCCCUAAAGCCGCAGGAGAAAAUUGAUGAGCACAGGUGGUCCCCGGCCAAAUCCUUGAUCCGACCUGCCAGUUUUCACUCUGGUCAGGGGAGACUGACCACAUCUGUAUCUGUGGUGAACACAAAGGACACCCACCGCUUGUCAUUUCCAAGUUUAAAGACCACCACCACCUUCACAUGGUGUUACCUGAUGAAGAGGAAGCCUCUUCACGUUCAGCAGGCUAAUCAGAAGACGUCAGCAUAUGCUUCCUGGAGUGUAAGCCCCAACAAUCCCAACCCCCUGGGGCUCCCCACUAAGGUGGUAAUAUCUCUGUUUGACUCCAAGCAGAGCUCCAAAAAAAUCCACUACACCUCUGCGAUAAAGACAAGUGGAAAGUCUGACACCUUGUCCUACUCAGGCAAACUCAAGGACAUUAUGCCAAAGGCUCUAGUUACCCAGAAGUCUGUAUCAGCAGAAACCAGAGGUAAACUACAACCAGAACCUCAGACCAGUAAUGAUUCAGAAAAGGAAGUAGCUCCUUCAACAGAGCCACGUCGCAUCAAAAUAUUUGACGGCGGGUACAAAUCCAAUGAGGAGUACGUGUACGUACGCGGCCGCGGACGGGGAAAAUACAUUUGCGAGGAGUGCGGCAUUCGCUGCAAGAAGCCGAGCAUGCUGCGCAAACACAUACGCACCCACUCAGAUGUUCGGCCGUACCACUGUGUCCACUGCAACUUCUCCUUUAAGACGAAAGGGAAUCUGACCAAGCACAUGAAGUCCAAGGCCCACAGUAAGAAGUGCAUGGAGAUGGGGGUCCCUGCAGGGGUGGUGGAGGAUCAGGAUGCAGAGGACUCCGGUGACCGCAGUCACAUGAGCAGCACCGAUCGUCAGGACUCGGACGGCGACGACUCGGACGGACCCGACGACGAGGAGAACGACGAUGAGGAAGAGGAGGACAGCCAGGCGGAGUCGGGCCUGUCCACCAAUCCGUCGGUGUCCGCCAGCCCCCAGCACUUCUCCCUCAAAGAGGCCGACAUCCCGCCCAGCGCUCUCCUCGCUCAGAUGUCCAUCAGCUCCGUGUCUUUACCCCUGAAUCCUCCUGAGUCCUCUGCCUCUGACUCCGUCCCCGUGGCGAGUCCGGCGUCCCCCAGACGGCAGCCCUCUGGGUCUCGCUGCAGUCCGGCUCCCCUCCCCCCCAUCACCACCAUCACCUCUGACUGCUACACCUCGGACCCUGAGUCGGUUCACAUGAUGAGCCCCGUGUCGCCCUGCAGGCAGAUGUCCAUCGACUAUCCGGACUUUGACGUUCCCAUUAGUGCUUCCAUUUUGGGCCAGACUUCCAAAGCCGUUCAGGAUUCUGGAGCUGCUCCUGCAGCGACCGGUGAGUCCGGCACGCCGGUGGACCGCGGCACCCAGACGUCCUACGCGCCUCAGCUCCCCCUGCAGGCGGCGCCCCCACCUGCCGGAGCGGAAACGCACCUGUUCAGCCAUCUGCCGCUGCACUCCCAGCAGCCCACCCGCUCCCCCUACAGCAUGGUGCCGGUCGGAGGGAUCCAGCUGGUUCCGGCUGGAAUGACGGCUUUCGUCCCCAUCCAGACGGGGCCCGUCCAGCUGACCAUCCCAGCUGUGGGCGUCAUCCACCGAAACUCCAGCCCGUUGCCCCCGGCGACCUCCCCUCCGCACCCGGAGAACCUGCAGACUCAGCCCCCCAUCAGCAGCGUGGUGCCAUGCUUCCCACUGGGCCAGGUGACGGGCCUGCAGGCCCAGACCAUUCAGCCGGUCGGGCUGGAGACCCUCAACCUGAUGGGGCUCACCAACACCCAGCUGACGCUGAACGCCGCCCUGGGCCUGCAGGUCCUGACGCCAAACCAGGGCCCCCAGAGCGGCUCCCAGAACGCGGUGCCGGGUCUGCAGAUAGUGAACAUCGCUCUGCCAGCCAUCAUCCCCUCCCUCAGCCCCCUGUCGGCCCUCAGCCCUCUGCAGGGCUCCUCAGACUGGCAGGGCAGCGCCGAGCCGCCGCGGACUGAGCACGGCGGCACGGCGGCGGGGGGAGCCGCGGGACCCGCACAGACUGUGGAGAAGGAGGAGGGGAAGAAAUCCCCCCUGCAGCUUCCAGCAGCUCCGUGGCGCCAGGAGCCGCCGCCGGCGGACCCCGCACCCAGACCGACAGCCACCAGCCGUCAGACGCUGAUCGACGAAUACAACGAGGCGUCGAGCGACGACGAAGACAGACUCGUCAUCGCCACCUGAGACCCUCUUCUUCUUCUUUUUUUUUUUUUUUUGUAACUCUCGUCACUUUGUAAGACUGAAAACACUUCAGGGGUUUGUCCUCCUGCCAAAGCACAGAUGCUGAUGUUGUUACGUGCAAUCACCCCCCCCCCCCAAUGACCAACGCUUUUCUUUUGUACAUGUUGUAAAGACGGUCGUGCCUUUUUUCCCGAGUUUCAUGUUUUGGGACGCUGUAAAUAAUUCAGUGGUUCUUUGUGUUUAUUUUGAAGACAGACAUGAAGAAAGGAGAAGAAUUUCAGAUUUAUUUUGGAAAAUUUGUCUCGUAAAUCGAUGGGACUUAAUGUUGUACCGGUAUGAGUAGAUUUCUAUGGAUUAUGGGGGAAAAUGUUUCUGUGUACAGACGUUGUGUUGAGCUAUUUAUUAAAAAUCCAUCCAGUGCACAUUAUGAUUCAUAAGUAUAUAAGUAUGUGCAUUAUGGUAGCUUUACAUUGCUGUAUGAAUAUUCCUAACUGUAUCAGUAAAUAUUUGUUUAUGAAG